AUGACGUCAGAAUAUCUUCAUUACCUUAAACACUUUGCAAAGCCACAAAUGCCAGACAUGGACUCUCUCCCUGUAACCAACAAAACGACGGGCGAACCCGAAUCGCUCAAGAACAAGACGCUCGAAACCGGUGCUGCUGCCGUCCAAAAUUUCGAACCGGUACAACGCAUCUGCGCCCACCUUAACGCCUUCCACGCCUACGCCGACGAACCCCACCGCGAUCCAGUAGAAGCGAACCACUACUGUGCGCACCUUAACGAUGAAGUCCGCCAAUGCAUCCUCUACGACUCUCCCAAACAACCCGCGCGGAUCAUUGGCAUUGAAUACAUGAUCACUCCUCGCCUGUACAAUACACUAGACGAAGCUGAGCAGAAGCUUUGGCAUUCGCACGUAUUCGAAGUCAAGUCUGGCAUGCUCAUCAUGCCCAAGCCCUCUGCCGUGCCCGACUCGGCGUGGGAACUCGCGGAGAACAGGGAGAUGGAGGAAGUUGUACAUCUCUAUGGAAAAGUAUACCAUCUAUGGCAGACAGAUCGGGGAGAUACGCUGCCGCUGGGAGAGCCAAAGCUGAUGACAAGUUACACGGAGGCACAGCAGAUACCUGGUGGUUUCGAGAAGGUGAUCGGUGGAAGAGACGAGAGAUUUGGAAGCGAUUGGAGGAGAAAGAAGGAGGUGAGGGAGCACAUUGAGGAGCCCAAGAUUCAUGAGCAUGCGGACUGGGCGUGGAAGGGGAAGAAGGCGGAUGAGGGAGAAAUGAUAGAGAAGGCCGAAAGGGUUACGGCAGAGAGGAAAAAGAAAGAUCCGACCGAUGUUCAUGUGGGUGUGGUAGGAGGCGUCUGA